UGCCGGCAAACACGACAAUGAUGCUCCACGUUGGAGCAACGACGGAUAUCGGGAACUCCCGCCAAACGAACGAAGACGUGUACGCUGUAUUCCCCGACCUGCCGCGCAUCACAACCGACCUCGCAUUGCAUCGUUCUGCGAUUGCGCUGUUUGACGGCCAUUGCGGAGUCCGCGCUGCAGCUUUUGCGCGCGAGAAUUUCGAAGCCAUGUUGGUCGCGUCGCCGGCGUAUGGCAGGGACACGUGUAUGGCGUUAGAAGCGAGUGUCCGGGAGCUUGAUAGGGUGUUCCUCGCCAUGGCACGGCGGAAGCACGGCGUCAUCGACGGCACUACCCUCGUGGCAGUCGUGAUCGAACGCAUCGGCGGCACCACGCGUCUCACGACGGCGAAUGUGGGGGAUUCCAGGGCCAUCAUGGUGACCAACAAAGUCCGGCAACUCACAAUCGACCAGAACGCCGCACGUCCCGACGAAGCCAAUCGGGUUUACGACAGUGGAGGGUUUGUCGCGUUCUGCAACAUGUAUCGCUCGCCAGAGUCGACGUUGUCCAUGCCCCGACGCGCGCUGCGAUGGGUAGGUCCAAGGGGAGAUAGAUGCAUGAUGAUGACGACUGAAUGUUAGUAGAUCGCUGAUGGAUGGAUACAUCGUGUGAAACGAAGACCGUUGCGGGUUUAUCCUGGCGGCCUCGCUUGUUCGCGCUCACUCGGCGACGUGGAAUGCAAGCAGACUGGUCUUGUCAUUUGUGACCCCGAAUGCGCUUCCUACGACUUGAACCCGACCGAGCAUGUGGCACUAGUGGUGGCGUCUGACGGAGUGUGGGAAGUUGUGUCAAAUUCCCUCGUCAAGAGAUGCGUG